UUCUGAAUAAAUAUCAUUACUGUUCGGCUAAUUACAAUGUCAAUUCAUGAGUAUUUUCCGGGGUGUUUCUUCCCUUUGGUGGAUAAGCUUUAAUUUGUCUGCAUGUAUCUGCAUAGUUAGGGUAAAACGCACAAGAAACGUGCGUAUAUAUAUUUUCCACAACAAAGCUGUUUUUCCAUGUAGAAAGGUGAAGCAAAAUAGAAAAACGAAAGAUAAAAAGAAGAAGGAAGAAUGCACAACCCAUUUGACAAGGUUUCGUUUAACACACAGCCGUACACAAUACAUUUCUCAAAGCAACAAGAACACAAGGCGGCUAGAGAUGAUGAAGCGAUGAAUGAUAAUAGUUUGAAGGAACCCCACCACUAUACCAUGUGAACGUCACUGCAAGAAAGCCAAAACAAAAACAAAAAAUUGCAAGCCACUCUUUGUGCUGGGUAGUUUCGUCAUUUUGAAUCCACAGGUUCCACAAUUAUUAUUAAUUUCUCUAUUCCUUUUUGCAUUAUUAUGUUAUAUGCGUGUACCUACGGUUGUUUAAUUUUUCGCUAUAUAUAUACACAACUCACUCUCCAACCAUUCCUCCAAUAUUUCACAUCGAACUCCCCAAUUAUUAUUCAAAGCUUAAAACAAAGGGGGGUUUCUAAGACUCCAUAUUUUGUAUUGAGCAAUAAUGGGUAACAGCUUAAGGUGUUGUUUGGCUUGUGUUCUUCCUUGUGGAGCACUUGAUUUGAUCCGCAUAGUCCAUUUGAAUGGCUACGUAGAAGAAAUUGCACGUCCAAUCACAGCAGGGGAAAUUCUCAAAGCCAAUCCAAACCAUGUCUUAAGCAAACCAAGCUCCCAAGGUGUGGUUCGCCGGAUUCUGAUCCUCUCGCCGGAGACCGAGCUCAAGAGAGGGAGCAUAUACUUCUUGAUCCCAUCGUCGUCCUUGCCGGAGAAGAAAAGGCACGUGAGGCACGUGAGUGGCAGCGCUGGUGAUAUUAAUAGGAAUAAUAAUGAUAAUAAUGAUCACCUUAGCAAAGUGUCCUCUAAGAAGAGCAAUAGUAGCAACCAUGGUUUAUCAUCGUCACAGCAAUGUGAUGAUGGGUGCUUAGUAGUGUCUAAGGAGAAGAAAUGCUCACCGCGGGAUCGCCGGCAUGGCCGCGGCGGAUUGUGGCGGCCACGAUUGGAGAGCAUCUCAGAAGACUAAUUUUGACUUUAGGAGGUUUCCGGCAACCGGUGCCGGAAUCCGGCAUGCGAGAGGGGUGGAACCUAAGAUGGUUCAAUACUUGAAUUGUUAAAAUAUAACAACAUGACACCUUUUUUUCUUUCUUAAAUGUAUGUGAGUAUUAAAUUUUGUGGAUAAAAGAGUUACCUUGCUUUCAUACAUAUAUGUUUAUAUGAUUUUUUUUUAAUGCUUGCUUAGUACAAAUUAAAAAGAAAAGAAAGGGAAAAUAAUCGAC